UCGUCCUAGAACUGAUUCCACCAACAUGUCUUGGCAGAGCUACGUGGACAACCUGAUGGCUGACGGCAGCUGUCAGGACGCCGCCAUUGUUGGGUACACGGACGCCAAAUACGUCUGGGCAUCGUUUGUCGGUGGGACAUUCGCCAACAUUACGCCUGAAGAAAUUGACGUGCUAAUAGGAAAGGACCGAGAGGCAUUCUUCACCAGUGGGAUGACCUUAGGUGUUAAAAAAUGCUCCGUAAUCAGAGACAGCCUCCACCUUGAUAGCGACUGGACAAUGGACAUCCGGACAAAGAGUCAAGGCGGAGAGCCAACAUACAACGUUUCUGUAGGCAAAGCCGGCAAAGCAUUGGUUUUUGUCAUGGGGAAGGAAGAUGUCCAUGGAGGGCAGCUCAACAAGAAAGCUUUUCAGAUGGCUGAGUACCUGAGGAAGUCCGGAUACUAAAGCAGCCUGUACCCAGCCACCUAGCAGCUCGCCCCAACCACCCUGUUGCAUUUCACACAACUUCCAGUCCUAGUUGGU